UAUGAAAAUUAAAUUUUAUACUAUUCCAAACAAUUAUAAUACUUUUUUUUAUCGAAAACCUGGAAAAUAAAUUUUAAAAGAGUGCACUAAUUAAAAGCAAAAAGUAUGAUAAAUAUAAUAUUGAAAAAAUAAUGCUCAACGGGUCAAAUUUGACCCAACGUGUAAAAGGUGAAAACGCUUGGUCGAGAACGGGGGGCCGUUUCGGUAAAUUCUGAUUCACCAACUGGUUUACCGCAAAAAAUCAAAAGACUGACACACACACAGAGCUCUCUCUCUCUCUCUCUCUCUCUCUCUCUCCAAGUUAUCUUAGAGACCGAGUGACCGGCGAGAAAAGAAGAAGAAGACGACGAAGAAAGAACAAAUACAAAGCCACACACACACUCUCUCUCUCUCACUUCCUAGCCGUUUCCCAAAAAACCUCCACAAAACCUUCAAUUCUCUCUCUCUCUCUACAAAAUCCCCCCAUUUCCUUCCGAGUCAACUCGCCUGCUCCGAGCAGCCAUGGCGGCCGAGUUCCCGGACGACUUCAAGUGCCCGAUUUCCCUCGAAUUAAUGUCCGACCCAGUAAUCCUCUCCUCCGGCCACACCUUCGACCGCUCUUCCAUCCAGCGCUGGCUCGACGCCGGCCACCGCACUUGCCCAAUCACCAAACUCCCCUUGCCGGACCACCCUUACUUAAUCCCCAACCACGCCCUCCGCCGAUUGAUUUCCAACUACGCCCACAUCUCCAAACUCCACCUCCACGACCCAUCCCACCACCACCAUCCGCCGCCGGAAACCCUAAUCUCCACCCUCACUUCCCGAUCCUCCACCCCCGAUUCCAAGCUCGAUUCCCUCUCCCGCCUCGCCAAGCUCACCAAAUUCGACCCUUCCCUCCGCCGCCAGCUCGCCGAAUCCGGCGCCCUCUCCGCCGUCCUCAAUUGCCUCGCCACCGCCGCCGAUUCCCCGCCUUUCCAAGAGAAAGCCCUCUCCCUCCUCCUCAAUCUCUCCCUCGACGACGACAAUAAGGUUGGAUUGGUCGCUGAGGGCGCAAUCGGUCGGGUCGUGGGCGUUCUCCGGGCCGGGUCGUCGCCCGAUUGCCGGGCAAUCGGGUGCACCGUGUUGACCAGCCUCGCGGUGGUCGAAGUCAACAAGGCGACAAUCGGAGCUUACCCGGAUGCGAUUCGAUCGCUGGUGAACUUGCUCGAUUGCGGUAGAGGAAGGGAAGUGAAAGAAGCGGCGACGGCUCUUUAUGCCGUUUGUUCGUUUCCGGAUAACCGGCGGCGGGCUGUCGAAUGCGGAGCUGUGCCGAUUCUGGCGAGAUUGGUCGGCGGCGCCGGGGCAGGGUUGGAGCGGGCCGUGGAGGUGUUGAGCUCGCUGGUGAAGUGCAGGGAAGGAAGAGUCGAAAUGGGUCGGGUUUUUGGGUUCGUUGGGGUUUUGGUGAAAGUGAUUAACUUUGGGGGAGAGAAGGGGAUUCAAUGUGCUCUGUUUACACUCAAUGCUCUGUGUUCGUGUAGCGAGGAGGUCUGCGACGAAGCUCAAAGGCAAGGAGUGAUGGAGAUUUGUGUUGGGUUGAUGGAAGAUGAGAAUGAGAAGAUUAGAAGGAAUGCUUCAAGCUUGGUUCAGACUCUGAGUGGCAGCCAUUGAUGGUAUGGGAUUUGGAUGAAUGGAAUGGUGAGUCUUAUCGAGGUAUUUCAGUUUCAUUUCGCCAUAUGUUUUUGCUCUGUACAAAUGUGGUGGGGAUUAGGAUUGAUGGGGAUAACAUGUUUAUUUCUUCGUAGGGUUCUUUUUUGUUAUCUUUAUUCCAUGUACAUUGUCAAUAAACCACAGGAACUCUCAGGAUCAAAUGUUGUAGUUUCAAAAGAAAGAAAGAUAGAAAGGGUUUUCGGAUAAAUAUGAUCUCCUUUCGUGCAUUGUGCUGGUUCAUUUGAUUUGGGAUGGAUCAUGUGUCUAAUCUCUAUGGCAAUGGAGUCAUAAUUGCUAGAGAAGCACUGCAUCCCUCUGUUUUGGCUAACAUUGACAUCGUAAAUGCGUAUAUAGAUCGAUCCUAGUGAUCGAUCACUAUGUACACCAUAGACUUGCCAAAAGCGAAAAACUUUAUGAAGCUUUGCUAAUGUAACUUCAUUUUGGUAUCUAUUAUUAGAGUAUCUGUUGUACUUAGAUCUCCAAUGUCUACGUCCUCCUCGUAAUCAAUGUCUUUUGUUUUGCCCUCGAUCUGGUUGUUGAUGCUCGAGUUUCUGGUUUAUCUGGUGUUGUUGCUCCCACCUAGUAAGCUUCCAUGAAUUCAUAGCUAACCGGACAUGUUAGAUUCUUUGCCCCAAGCUUUUUGCUUUUGUCUAGUUUUCCUAACAAUGGCAACUUUGUGCCUCCUCCUGGUCUGGUCUGGUCUGGAUUGGACGAUUUCUUCGAAAGGGGGCGGCUUUUAUUUGAUCUGAUGAGAUCUCUGUCGAGGGUUUUGGUAAUUGGUUGGUAGCGUGGAGUCUGUUUCUUGUGAAAGUUGCCAAAUUUGACUACGUUAGAGAGAGGGACAGAAUGCAGGUUUUAUAUUGCCGGAGAUUAUACUAUUGUAUAUUGAUUGCGGAAGUAGACCUCCGGCCGGCCGGCCUAUGAAGGAGGAGAAAGGAGGAAGUAGGUGACUGACUGCCUUACUAUAUAAUCUAUGAUUUUGUUCCCUUUCCGAAGAGGAGGAGAUAAAGGAAAGAAGGAUCUGAAAAAAGGAAUAAAGAAUCAAACAGGGGGUUUCUUGUUUCCUUCCUGUUUUUUGGGUAGCCGUGAAAGAAAGAUGCCUUGACAUUCACAGAGUUCAUAUUCGAGUUCGAGUUCAAUGAACUCAGGAUAAGAGGAAUCUGUAUGGGUUACAUAACUUUUUCUAGAGAAGAAUAUAUCUAAAAUUGGGAAGAGGGAGGGUGAAAAUUGUCAAGAACUGUGCUUGAAAGACAAUGGUUAAUAUUGGAGGCCGUGGAGAUUCGAACAUAUGACCUUUUGGUUCGAGGCUCUGAUACCAUGUCAAGAACCAGUUGAUUCCAAUAACUCGAGUUGUUGGGAGAAGGUUCUGCUGGAUCUUAUAUCACAUUCUAACAAAAAUGCUAGGUAAGAAGUUAAAUGGUUAUGUAUAAUAACUUAUGGGGUUUUGAGCGUAUUCUAAAUUGAAAUAUGAUUUGAGAAAAUGAGAGGAAAGUGACGACUAGAGAGUCUGAUAUGUAUUUUGUUAACUAAAUCCAUCUGGUGUAUUUUGUUGGGAGCUACCAUGUGCUUAACAAUGGAGGUCAUUGGGAAUCGAACACAAGAUCUCUCGAUCACAGAAGGCUCUGAUACCAUGUCGAGAACCAGUUGCUCCCAAUAACUCGAGUUGUUGGAAGAGGUUCAAUCGUGAAUCAUAUACCACAACACUAACAGAUAGAAGUUGAUGUUCAUCUCAAUUCUCAACUAAACCCAUCACGUGUUGUAUAGUUAAUUGUGGUGCACUCCUAACUAAAAGUUCUUUGAUUGUGGAUUACUAAAUAUUAUCCACAGAU